UUGCGAUUCAGUUGAGCUCAAGAUCUUGCUGUGGUUAAACCUUUUUUUUCCGACCGCGUCCGACCGAUUUGCUGCAGUGAAUUUCACACACUUGUGCCGUGUGAGUGGUGAGACGACUGCGACUUAGACUGCGGGGUCGAAUUCGGUGGACUGAACACACUGUUCAGAAGCGGGUGCGGGUGGCAGCACUGGUAGUGCGCCACUAGUGGAAAAUUUCGCAUGAUUCCUGCUGGUGCUGGAAAUCUCCAUCAUCAUCGGUUCACUGGAGUCUUGUUAAUCCCCCGCCAACCUGAGGAUCAUCGCACACGUGGAACCAAUUCACCAACGGCCAGUUUUGUUUGGAUUCGUCGGUUUCAAUUAGUGUAUGCAAGUGCAACUCUGUCUGUUACGUGAGUGUGAAGAAAUCUCAGUGAGUCCCCCCGGGUGAUAGUUUGAAAACUUGAAGUGUUGAAAGUGUCAAAAAGUGCGUCGUCGCGUCUAUUGGUUUGGAUGUGAAAAUCAUUUUGCAAUCGAUUUUCGGUGUUAAACGUAGCAAUCGUUGCCUAUUCUUCAACUGCGAAUCGACGAACUCGACCGCCGCGGAUUAGUGCUCAGUUAUCUCAGUUGGCGUGGUCAAAUGUGCCAACCUCAAUAAUCACCUGACUCGCUGCUAUUGCUAUUGCCGUUUGUUGUUGUUGAUGAUGAUGUUGUUAUUGAGAGACAAGCUGUCGUUAUGUGUUUCCAGUGUUGCCACGAUCGUCGGAUCGGUGGCGCUGCUAGCAUUAAUUAUGGUCAACUUCGGUCGGCCGGUUCAGGCCCACGUCGCACUGACGUUUCCACCGGCACGGAAGUAUGACCUCGAUUUUCUGGACAACUCACGCACCAAAGCUCCCUGUGGGAUGCCGAAAGGUUCAUUGAAAACAUCAUUCCUGGCCGGAAGUACUUUCAACGUGUCUUGGCAUCUCGCGUAUCCACACCGGGGUGGCUUCCGGCUCGAAGUGCUUGACCAGAAGGAGCGGCCAAUUUUGAAUUUGACACGUAGCGCUAAGGGAAGGAAAUUUUUGCGAGAUGAUGCAACAGCACAGCAGUUUCAGGUGACGCUUCCACGCGACUUCACCUGUCCGGACUGUACGAUACGGUUGACCCGGCAGGCUGACGAGUGGGGCAGCAACUAUCUGUUCUGGUCCUGUGCGGAUGUGGACAUCGUUCAGCGCAAGGAAUACCGAGAGUCCUGCUCUGGCCAUGGCAAGUUCAUUGCACGUUGCAAGUGCGAGAAAAAAUUCUACGGCAAUCGAUGCGAGUACUGGGACGAAUGUGUCACCAAUCAGGAUUGCGGUUUGCAGGGAACCUGUGUGGAUUUGGGUGGAACUUCGUUACCACGCAAACAGUGCUACUGUCGACUGGGCUGGUUCGGACCGGGCUGUAGCAAAAAAUCUCCUAUCAAAUCAACUGAUAUCGACUACUCACUGUACAAACAGAAAAAUUUGUCACCCGACUUGAACGUGCACUGGCGUGUCCUCAAGGAGCAGAGUGAAAUCGAGGUAGUCUUGAGGGUGAAUGGUACCUCCUGGGUUGGUUUGGGAUGGCGACCACGGCGACUGACGGCCGAAUGUAAAAACUUCCCCCUGAUUGGAGUGGCGGCUGAAGCCGGUUCAGCGGAACCUGAACCCGGUGCCGAACCGGAACCGGGGGCGGAACCGAACGCUGAGCCAGAGCCUGGUUCGGAACCGGAACCAGGAAGUGAACCAGAACCGGAAGGAACUGCAGAACCAACUUCUGAACCGGCUUCACACCCCGAACCGGCACUUGAAGGUUCGGCUGAACCGGAGCCGAAAUCAGAACCAGAACCAGAACCGAAAUCUGAGCCAGAACCAAACUCUGAACCAGAACCGGCUCUUGCCGAACCUGAACCGGAAGUUGCUUCUGAACCGGAACCGGAGAGUACCUCGGAACCGGAGCCAGCGGCAGAAGUUGAAGCGGAACCCGGUGCCGAACCGAAAGCCGAACCAAAAUCAAAGAAGAGUAAGCGUGCCACCGGAGGAGAUUCGCACCCGCCGAGUAGCGAACCGGAGCCCGAAUCAUCACCGAAAGCCGAACCCGAACCAAAAUCCGAACCAGCGUCAGAGCCUGAACCAAAAGCCGAAACAACGGCUAAACCCAAACCGGCUGCUCAGAAGAAAGUAAAUCUCUGGACCCCUCGGCACGAUUUCAACCCGAUGGACUGCACCGAUAUCGUGAUCGGAACGGCACGUGGAGAGAACCAUCGUGUGUGGGAUUACUACACGCGAGAUCGUUCCACACCACGGCUGGACACGUUCUGGGGUGGCAAGUCGGAUCUGACGGCAACCGGUGGGUUCGAGGUGGACGGCGUUACGACCAUCGUGUUCCGGCGUAAGCUGGCAGCCAACGAACCAACGGACCAUUCGUUCGUUGACGAUCUGAUGCAUGUCAUCUGGGCCAAGGGCCAGGAACCCGGUGCCUACGUGCAUUCGCCUCCGUCCGGUCUGGAAAAGGAACCGUCCAGCGUACCGGAUUUCUACAUGCGCGAUGAGCUGAAGUACCACGGUCACCGGAUGCAGCGAGGCGUUUCGCAGAUUAACUUUUUGGAGGAGAAGCGACUCGAACCGAUUGUAGCGGCCGAAGGAACGGCAACCGGCGGCAUUACUGAUGUAGCAGCUGCCGUGCCAAGCGGCCCAAAGAGUCACGAACUGGACAACGAAUGUCACGGAUUCUGGAAGUUCCCACGGGAUUGCGAACCGGCCAAGUUCAACUGUGAAUAUUAUGCCAGCUGGCAGGUGGUUGGCAAGGGAGACGCCGUCACGUUCCACAUCGAAACCAACAACACCCAAACAUGGACGGGAAUUGGCUUCAGCGACAAUCAGAAAAUGUCCCAAACGGAUGCCAUUAUCGGAUGGGUCGAUAAAAACGGCCGGCCGUUCCUGAUGGACACCUGGAUCAAUGGUUAUUCGGCACCGAAGCUGGACGACCGACAGGAUCUGUACAACGCGUCGGGAAAGAUCGCCAACGGGUUGACGAUUUUGGAUUUCAGCAGGAAGCGCGAUACCAGCGAUGAAAGUGAUCUGGCCUUCACCGAAGAUCACUGUCUGUAUCUGAUGUUCCCGCUGAACGGUGGCAUCUUCAAUCCGGUGAACAAGAAGAUUCGAAAGCAUGACUCCACACCGGUAGUGACGGACUCCCGGGUUUGUGUCAAAUCAUGUCCACAACUGUUCGAAAAUCUGUUCAACGAAGCUUCCACGCCGGCUCCGGAACGACUAGCCUAUGCAGCAUCCAUCCGUUUGACCAACUUGGCAUCGGCGUUCAAAAUCCCGGAGACGGGUACGGCGGAGUACAACGAUUUGGCUAAAUCGAUUACGGAUAAUUUCAACGGAAUGUUGAAGGGUGUCGGUGGAUUCUACAAAACUGAUGUGGUGAAUUUUGAGAUGGAUCAAGCUGGCGUUUUAGUCAACAUGAACAUCCUCUUGAACAAGGACGGCAUCGAGAGUAAUCUGGUGGAUGAUCCGGCCAAACUGGAGCAGACCAUUCAACAUUUGAUCCAGAACAAUUUGUCCUCCGGCAAGGUCGGAGCACUAUCGGUCGAUCCGGAGUUCCUAGAGUUUAUGACACUGGAAUACAAACAACCAAUCAACAAUGAGCCAUCGUUCUUCGAACGAGCGGGAACGAGACUUUAUACAAUUCUGGGAUGUAUUGCCGCUCUGGUUUUCAUCGCAAUUGUCCAAGCCAGCUGCACCAUCUACAAAACUCGCAAGACGAAACAGAUGAGGGAUCAGUUGAUUCCGAAUUCGGCCUGGAAGGACUACUCAUCCAAUACGAACUAUGCGUUCGAUAAUUUCGAAGCUGACACGAAGAGUCACGGCAAACAUCGUUCCGAUCGUGGCUAUAGCAACGGCAAUAGUCAGCAGACGACACUGCAGAUGUCGCACUCGCCGAAUAAGUCGCAGUACUACGAAAUCGAUCGUACCGAUGGAAUGCACCGGAAUGGUGACCACAGGAACGGCUCCCGCUCCGGACACGACCCCCGCGGUGGUGACCGAUCGUAUUCCGAUCGGGCCUAUUCGUUACCUCGGCCGAUGCAUCAACAGCAACAACAACAGCAACAGCAGCAGCAACAGCAGUCUCAUCAUCAGCAGGGACAGAUGCAGCGACCCGGUUCCGAGUACUACACGCACGAUCGGCGCACCCAGCAGAAACGCCCCGGUAACAGUUCAGGUGCCCACUACGCUACCAGCUCGAUAACCGGUAACGGUAACGGAAUGCACUACCAGCAAGCUAGUCAACCACCACCGCAACAUGGCGGCAGCCACAUGCCCGAAUCGUCGGAUUUGUAUUUUACUCCCACGCAGAGGAAGUAUUCCGGCGAGGUGGUGAGGGUCUUUGUUGAUUAUAACAAGGAUAAGAAAUAGAUUAACGGAAAAGGAGGCCAUGGCUGACGCAGCGGAUCGAAGCAACAGGUGAUUUGGUUUGAUCAAGUCACUGGAUUUUUUCAUGGCAUGCCCUGUUCCCUGCGUCCCAGCAAAAUUAGACCGAAUGAGAGAAGUGAGUGUCUUUGUUUUUGUGUGUACAUCGGACGAGAUUCAUAAACUGAACACUCUCCGAUCAAUGCCAUUGUUAGCGGCAACGAAGUUUAAAAUUACCCAAUUACCAACAGUUUUAGUUAUUGUGUAUAAUUUCACAUCUUUUUCAGUUCACUUUACAGCUCCUCUCGAAGCAACGAUUUCAUAUCUCACCAUAUUCUUUGCUUUCAUUUCAAUGCUCUAUUCAUACGUCAGGGAGCUCAGAGUCAUUCCACUUGGACGAUUAGAUGUAUAAUUAAGUAUAUUGUUGAAUGUAAUCUUUUAUCAGUAGAGAAUCUUUUAACCAGAAGCAAAGUCAAGCCAAAACCUAAACUUUUGGGAUUUUGUUGAAGAUUAUUGUUCUGCUAUUGUUACGAUAGUGUAAUAAUUUUAUCUACUAUUAUUCUUUCAUUUUCUGUUAAAAUGAUAGAGAAAAAGAAUGAUUAUUCUAUAAAAAAUUGAACAAAAAAUUUUAGUCUCGUUUCAAUAUUGUUGUUAAAUAAACACUUACCAGUAUGAAAACCAGAAUCAGGUAGAAUUAUCUACUUCACUUUUUCCGCAGUCUUAUCGUAAGUUUUGUCACGUAUCGGAUUAACACCAUUUACUUUGAGCAUUUGUUAAAUUGCUUCUAUACAUAAUUCAGUAUAAUCUGUCGAUCGAUAUAAACUAACAGCUAAGCAAUUUAGUUUACACAAACAGUUAUAAUACAUCUGGUGAAAAUACUCCCCUUCUUCGUUAUAGCAACACAUUUUAAUUAGUCUUCUUUUUGUUUCUAGUAUUAGGGUGGCAAAAUUGUAAAUAAUGGAAUUGACGUGAAUUGUACAGGCCAACCUGCCCAGAUUUUAUGUUUUUAUUUGUAAGUCAAUUAACUUUUAAUGCCAACAAAAGGGGUAGCACCCUUUCUUGUACAGCUGCUGCUAAAGGUACUAUUUUAACUAUACUAUUUACAUAUUUUAAUCUCCUCUAGACGAUUGGUUGGUAGAGUACAUACGUAACGGUAUUGUUUAGCCGAUGAGGAUUCUGUACGUAGAGAAAUAUAAUAAAUAUAACAAGUAGUCGUUA